UGAGCUGGGUGCUGCAUAGACAUUGACCCACCAAGAAGAGCCUAGGCCCAGAUCCUCAAAGAUAUUUAGGCUCUUUGCUUCCAUAGACUUCAAGGAUCCAGGCCCUGCCAUCUAAAUACAAGGCAGAUGAGGGGAAACUGAGGCACGGAGGGGGGAUGUGACUUGCCAAAGGUCAGCAGUGGAGCCAGGAUUAGAACCCAGGGCUCUUGAGUCCCUGGGAGGAGGGUCUACCCUCUAGGCAAUGCUACCCCAGCUGGCCAGGAUGCCCGCAGAAGUCCUGAAAGUGGCGUGUUGUUGUGGAGGAAGAUACGGGCCUGGGCAGAGUGUCCCUCCCUGCUCUGUGGGCUCAUGGCUGGUGAAGCCGGGCGAGGGGGAGGAUGAUGCUGGAUCUGCGCCCUCAAGGCAGUGGGGCAGGCGGUGAUGUUCUGUCCCUUUGCUGGGUCAGCGGCUUCUGCUUUCCAAGAGUCGUCCCUUCCCCAGCAGCCGCUAGGUUAAUAGGAUCCUCAGCGUGAGCCUGGGAGCUCACCCCACGCGAUGCUGAUUUCCCGAAGGCUGCUGAGCUGGUGCAUUAGCUCCUGGUUCAUGGCCAUGUGCCUCUCCCCCGCCCCCCUUGCAGAAAGGGCGCAGCUCUGUGCAGGGAGCAGAGCAGGGAAGUGGCCCCAUGGCUUGGGGCCAAUGCUGUUAACCUCCUGGUAUGCGGGUAGCAGGAGCUGCUCCAGCUCUGGGAAUGGCCACGCACGGGCCAGGACCCUCAAUAACCUACAGCUGCUGGCCUGGUCUGCCCAGACGGUCACCAGCCAGAGCCUGGAUAUUUGGCGCUGGGGUGGGCCCUACGCUCCAGCUGCCCUUUCACAGGGACAGGAGGGGCUGUGGGGUGUGUCCAAGCCCUCCAGCGAGGGGAGGAUGGAGACACCCUGGGGGCCCCCUUUCCUGGGCCUGUCCCCAUUUAUUAGUUGCUUAACUUGCUGCUGCUAUUCCACCUCUCCUGGCAGCCCCCCCCACAUCUCUGGUGCCCCCUCACUGCAGGGUAAGAGCUGCCCCCUUCAGGGUUCGGCUCCCCCCCCCCCCGUCUCCUGCCUCAGUUCCGUGCAGUUAAUUUCCCCCCUCCCCUUUGAAUUAUUAAUCAGCCCAAGCACUUAAGAAAAAUCGAUGGGCAGAGGGCGUGGAAGGAGGAGAGCCAGGCGGUGCUGGCCUUAGCGUCCCUGCCCCCCGCAGUGCUUUGCCCAGAAACAAAUAGCUGCUUUCCCUCUGCUUUGCCUAUGUCAAGCGUGAGGCCAGCGCUCACCGGCCAGGGUUGCCCAAAGGUGGUUGAGAUGCAAACUUAGGCAAAUACAACCCCUGGGUCCGGGUGCGCCGGGUGACGGGCUCGUGCCAGCAGCUGCCCCGGGGUUUCUUCAACAGCCGCCUGCAGAGGACAGCAGUGAAUUCAGGUGAGUCCCGGCCUGACUUUGGGGUGGCUGACGACCUAGAUCAGCGUCCUUAGGGACCACUCCUGCCUUGGGCUGGGUGAGGGAGAGGAGCUGACUGAGCUGGCCCCAGAUCUGUGGGGCUCAUGGCAGAGGGUUAUAGCUGGGGCUCAGAGAAGUAACUUGAAGUCCCCCACCCCAAUUCCUGUUGGGCUCCUGGUGCAUAAUGCCACCAUGUGGCUGUUUAAUGAGAGAACUGGCUAGGGCCCUUGGCAGCGACUUGGGCAGGGAAGGAGCAGAGGAAAUUAUUGAAUCAAGGUGGAUCUAAACGGGGUGGUGGGAAGAGAUCCCAGCUGAGGCAGGAUCCGAGAGCGUCCAUCACUUGCUCCCUAGGCAGGAGGAACUGGUGCCAACCAAGUGUUGGAUCGGGGAAUGUCUUGCCAGGUUCCUCAGUACUGGGUUAGCUGAUGCCACAGGGGGAGCGGAAAUCUGGCCCUGGCGUUUCCCCCCAGGGGCUCAGCAGAUGCAUGCCCUGCAGCUAAAGUGGGGGCCUGAGAUCAGGCAAUGGUAGGAAAGAGCUGGCCAUGUCUGUGAACGGCGGGGAACAAAACAGUGUGAACGGCCUCUGCCAACGCAGCCAGCCCAGCCCCGAAACCAGCACAUUCCUGGCUAAUCAAACCCAGCUGAUGGCGUCUCACCGAGCCGACACUCUCCUAGCGCUGCGGCUGGGCCAGCUGCCUGGGUCAGGUUACACCAUCUGGCUUCAAUGACUGAAAACUGGGGGAGACAUGGGGGGGGUAGGGGAACGGUUACGGUUUGGGCUGCUGCGAGCCAGGCCCCUCUAACCCGUUCUCCUCCAGAGCCUGCAGUCAGGGCGUGUCCCUCCCUGCAGUGCAACGGGCAGAGUGGAUAGAGCAGGGCCCAGGCCCCGUCUGUGCCCAGGCCAGCGUGCUGGGUAGCUGGCCCCACCCCAGUGCCAGGCAGGCAGGGAGCACCCAGUGGGCAGGAGAGAUCCCUGCAGUGUUCGUAAGUAUCCGCAGGGUGCCCUUGGAUCUGAGCCCUGGCUGCGUCGGUGAAGCCACUGACCCCGGUGAAGCCAGAGGCUCCCAGCCCAGCCAGGGCGAUGGAGCCGCCCCAGGAUCUAGGGCAUGGAGAAUGGAUCCAGAGCUUAGAAAACCUGCUCUCUGCUGGGCUCCAUCCCCGGCGGUGCAGGGAGGGCGGGAGAGGCUGCUGUGCAGUGUGACUGCGCAGCUCGGCCUGACUCCGUUUGGGGUGGCACAAGAACCAGCUGGGUGGGGCCCACAUGCCCUAACAGCUUCCAUCUGCUGGAGGAGUGGGGGGACCAGGCCUGGGAAGGAGUAUUCCUCCUUAAAGGGGCCAUGGAGCCUCCCAAACCCCUGGCUGGGGUGACUGAGGGAGAGGCGGCAGAGCUCUGGCUCCAAGGGAAAGCCCCAAAUACCAGACACCAGCCUUUAGCAUCACAGAGGUGAGCCCCUGAGAUGUUGGGCGGGGCAGAUCCCCAGUGCUGCGAGACACGUGAGUGGGGGCAGGCUGGGGGGGAAGCUUCUCCCUGGGCGUUGGCUGCUGAUUCACCCUGCACGCAUCACCCCGGAGGAAUAUCCACCUCUUCUGGGGCCCAGGCAGCCCCUGCAUCCAGGAUCCGGGCUGGCCCUUGGGGUGUGUGUGGGGGAGGGUGUCUCAUCUGGAUGGUGCACCCAGUUGAGCUGCUUGGGUUCCAUCUUAUGCCAUUUGGGGGAUCCCCUAUCUCUCAUCCCCUCGCUUCACCCCUUUAUUUCCCCCCCACACACACACACCUCAAAGCAUGCAGCUUCUGGGCAAAGCUUCUACAGAAGCUUUUUACACCCCUGUCUGGCCCAGCUGGGACGUGUGCGGCUGCUCUCAAGCAGGCAUGGGGCUGGGCUGCUCCUCCGGGCUGGCCUUGGCUCUGGGUUGACUGUCUCCUCUUGCCCAGCAGCUCCCCGGCAAGUCCCCGGUGCAGGGCACGAUGGCUCUGAGCAGCGCUUUCAAGGCAGUUAACAACAUGCCCGGCAUCAUCGUCUGGAGGGUCGAGAAAAUGGACCUGGUGCAGGUGCCGCCAAAAUCCCAUGGCAGUUUCUAUGAGGGCGAUUGCUACGUCGUCCUCUCGACCCGGCGCUCGGGCAGCGUCCUGGCCUACGACAUCCAUUACUGGGUCGGAAAGAGCUCCUCACGGGAUGAGCAGGGCUGCGCUGCCAUCUACACCACCCAGCUGGACGACUACCUGGGCGGGAGCCCCGUGCAGCACCGGGAGGUGCAAGGCCACGAGUCGGAGCUCUUCAAAGGCUACUUCAAGCAGGGCAUCAUCUACAAGAAGGGCGGCGUGGCCUCGGGGAUGACACACGUGGAGACCAACGUCUACGACGUCCGGCGCCUGCUGCACGUCAAGGGGAGACGGAACGUCACGGCCACCGAGGUGGAGAUGAGCUGGGACAGUUUUAACCUGGGGGACGUGUUCCUGCUGGACCUGGGGAAGGUCAUUAUUCAGUGGAACGGCCCCGAGAGCAACACCAGGGAGCGGCUGAAGGCCAUGCUCCUGGCCAAAGACAUCCGUGACCGGGAGCGCGGGGGGCGGGCGGAGAUCAGGGUGGUGGACGGCGACCAGGAAGGAGCCAGCCCAGAGCUGACAGCGGUGCUGCAGAGCGUGCUCGGGGACAGGCCGCGGACGAUCAAACCCAGCACCCCAGACGAGGUGAUGGACCAGCAGCAGAAGGCCACCGUCCUGCUCUACCGCGUCUCAGACUCUGGAGGGAAAAUGCAGGUGCUGGAAGAGGCCGUGAGGCCGCUGGUGCAGGAGCUGUUGAACCAUGAUGACUGCUACAUCCUGGAUCACGCCGGGACCAAGAUCUACGUCUGGAAGGGGAAGGGGGCUACCAAGGCAGAGAGGCAAACCGCCAUGGCCAAAGCUCUGGAGUUCAUCAACAUGAAGGGCUACCCCUGCGGCACCAACGUGGAGACGGUGAACGACGGAGCCGAAUCCGCCAUGUUCAAGCAGCUGUUUCAGACGUGGACCAUCCGGGACCAGACGGUGGGGCUGGGCAAAGCCUACAGCACUGGCAAAAUAGCCAAAGUCAGCCAGGAGAAGUUUGAUGCCACGCUAUUGCACGCCCGGCCUGAGCUGGCGGCCCAGGAGCGGAUGGUGGAUAACGGGGAAGGGAAGGUGGAGGUCUGGAGGAUCGAGAAUCUGGAGCUGGCACCGGUGGAAUCCCAGUGGCACGGCUUCUUCUACGGCGGAGACUGUUACCUGGUGCUUUACACCUACGGCGUGAACCACCAGUCCCGCUACAUCCUGUACAUCUGGCAGGGUCGGCACGCCACACCGGACGAGCUGGCCGCCUCCGCGUACCAGGCAGUGGAAGUGGACCGGCAGUUGGACGGGGAGCCGGUGCAGGUGCGCGUGAGCAUGGGAAAGGAGCCGCGACACUUUCUGGCCAUCUUCAAAGGGAAGCUGGUCAUCUUCGAGGGUGGGACAUCCAGGAAAAGCAGCAACGAACCAGAACCGCCCGUGAGGCUCUUCCAGAUCCACGGAACCGACCAGUCCAACACCAAAGCCGUGGAAGUCCCGGCGUUCGCCUCGUCGCUCAACUCCAAUGACGUCUUCCUGCUUCGGACCCAGACCGAGCACUAUCUGUGGUACGGCAAGGGCUCCAGCGGGGACGAGCGGGAAAUGGCGAAGCAGCUGGCUGCAACCAUCUGUGACAGCACCCAGGAAACCGUGGCCGAGGGGCAGGAGCCAGCAGCGUUCUGGGAAGUGCUGGGAGGCAAAGUCCCUUACGCCAGUGAUAAAAGGCUCCAGCAGGAGGUCCCAGAUCACCCGCCCCGGCUCUUUGAAUGCUCCAACAAGACCGGACGCUUCGUGGUGACGGAAGUGACCGACUUCGGUCAGGAUGACCUGAGCGAAAGCGACGUCAUGCUGCUCGACACGUGGGACCAGGUCUUCUUGUGGCUCGGGACGGACGCUAACGCCACGGAGAAGGAGGCAGCGCUGGCCACUGCUCAGGAAUAUCUCCGCACCCACCCCAGUGGGAGGGACACUGACACGCCUAUCUUGGUGGUCAAGCAGGGCUUUGAGCCCCCUAACUUCACUGGGUGGUUCGUAGCCUGGGACCCACACAAAUGGAGCGAAGGGAAGACUUACGAGCAGCUGAAGGAGGAGCUGGGAGAUGCUUCUGCCGUUGUCAGGAUCACAGCCGAUCUGAACGGGACGGCUCUCUCCCCCAGCCCUGGGGCCCAGAGUGCUGGCGCGGCUCAGAUCUACCCUCUAGAAGUGCUAACCAACCAGAAGGAGGAACUGCCUGGAGACGUAGAUCCUGCCAAGAAAGAGAAUCACCUCUCCGAAAGUGACUUUGUGGCUGUGUUUGGAAUCAGGAGGGAGGAAUUUGCUGCUCUUCCCAGCUGGAAGCAGAUCAACUUGAAGAAGGAAAAAGGGCUCUUCUAAGGAAGAGAGCAGUGCGCCCAGCCAACCGGUGGAGAACAUCCAGAGCCCCACAUCAUAGGGGUGGGCUCUGGCUCACCGGGGCUAUGCCACAC